CUCAGUAGAUUCUAAGUUUUUGUAAGACUGCUCCUUUAAGAGUUUGUCAGUAGUUUGAGGAAAUAGGAAGUCAGUUCAGUAGCAUUUAGAACAAAGACAAAAAACAAAAGGCGUUUGUGAAUGAUGGCAGGAAUAAAAGCUCUUGUUGCGUUAUCCUUCAGUGGUGCACUUGGACUGACUUUUCUCCUUUUGGGAUGUGCACUGGAACAUUUUGGAGUGUACUGGCCAAUGUUUGUCCUGGUCUUCUACAUCCUGUCCCCUAUCCCAAAUUUAAUAGCUAGAAGGCAUGCGGACGAUACUGAGUCAAGCAAUGCAUGCAGGGAGCUUGCAUAUUUUUUAGCCACUGGGAUAGUGGUGUCAGCAUAUGGGCUACCCAUUGUGCUUGCACGAAAAUCUGUGAUCCAGUGGGGUGCCUGUGGCCUGGUAAUGGCAGGCAAUUGUGUCAUUUUUCUGACCAUUCUGGGUUUCUUCCUGAUAUUCGGAGGUGGAGAUGACUUUAGCUGGGAACAGUGGUAAAACCUAUCCGGAAGAAGAGCAUAACUACAUUAUAUACUACGAAAAUUUAAAUAGCUUGCCCUGGCGAUGCUGAUAAACCCAGGCCUUGACAGAGACUGUGUCCAUUGCUUUGUUUUCCACUCGGUUAUGGCUGCUUUGGUGCUCUGCUUCUGCCUUUUCAUUUGCAUUACAUAUGCAUGGCCCUGUGUAUACAAUAAUUUGCUUUAAAAAACAGUAAUAAUAAAGUUGCAUUUAAACUUGUUUGAACGGCAAAAAGGGAAAAUCUCACAAAACCUGUGUAGUACAGUUUGGGUCAUAUUUACUCAAAUCAAAAGCAAAAAACAAUCAAUUAUGAUUUACUUAAAUAAAAUGAAGCCUGUGUUUGGAACAUUUAAGAUUUUUCUUUGUAUAAAAUUUAAAAUGAAAAUUUCUCUCAUCAACAGAUGUGGGUUUUUUUCUUUUCAACACAGUGUAAAAAUUAUUUGAUAUAUUAAAAACAAAUAUUUUAUUUUUUAUUUUUGAGGUAUUACACACGAGGUUCACAAUAAUUCUAAAAAAAAAAAAAAAAAUCCUAAAAGUUGGCUUCUACUUUUACACACACACAUACAGUACACUGUUUUUGUGAGAUUCGUGCUCAGAUAAUUAAUUUUAGUAGGAACUAGAAAUCUUUUAUGCAAGCCAAUUAAACCAUCAUUAAGAUUUAUAAUUUAAUAAUACCCAAAGGUAAGCAAAGAAUGAAAAAAAAAUGUUUUCUCCUUUUUUAGCAGCUUGAAUUGUUAGUACUUAAUUAUCCUGAUUAAAUUAUGAAUGAUCAUCAUUUGCACUUGAUAUAUAGGUCUGCCAGUUAAGAGGCAUAAUGAAUUAUAAAACAGUGCCACCUAAGAGCAAUGCUUUGUGUUUGCAAACAGAAGCACUGUAACCAUGGCAGUCUAUGAAGUGUUUUUGUCUUUGUUUUUGCAAUGCCACAUUACCAAAGCAAACAUCUUCUUGCUGUUAUGUUCCUUUAUUCCUUGUUUUAUCGGUUCCAUGUGGGUCUGUAGAAACAGGAAGAAAAAGUUUUAAAUGCGUGCAGAAUACAAUCAUAAACAGCCUUACAGUGAUUAUAGAAUGCUUAAUUAUAGUUACUUUUUAUUGGAACAGCAUAUGAUUUGUGAAAUUCCAGUAACAUUUUCUUACAACUGACAUAAUUCAACAUAAUACUGUAGCUUAAUGACUGACAGUUUCACACUACUUCUGUUGUCAUUAAUAGUUUACAAAAGGUUAUCAUUUUAUCCACUGUUUAAAAUCUUCCUGUUUUGUUUCUUCAGAGGUUAGACUGACUUUACAUAGAAUCACUUGUAUAAGAGAUGUUUUUGAUAUACCUUUGUGAUCUUGUUUCUUGAUUUGAUUAUAUGAAUUAAAAAAACACUUGAAUUUUUAA